AUGCAUCUUUUCGGUACUUUCCUAUUAAUUAUCUGCGCUGCUUUUGUGAUUCAAGCCUGUAUCCCAUCGCAAGGACAGCAAGGACAGCAAGGACCGAAAGGACGAGAUGGAAAUAAGGGACCAAAAGGACCGAAAGGACCACGAGGAGCUGAAGGACCAAAUGGAGCGAAAGGCUUGCGUGGAGAUCCCGGAGUUCAAGGUCGACCAGGAAUGGAAGGUGAGGAAGGACCAACAGGCCCACCCGGUGAUCAAGGACCACAAGGUCAGAGGGGACUAGAUGCAACAUGA